AGGGCACCCUCCCCUGGGCACCAUGGCUGCUCUCAGGCUGUGGCUCUUGUUGGCAACUCUGGCGGGGACUGGCGCUGCCCCGGAAAGCUGGUCUGCCAUUGGGGUGUCCAACGGGGGUCCCUGGGGUCCCUGGGCCUGGCAGGAAAUGUGCCCCCGAGGGACCUACGCCACGGGAUUCAGCCUCAAGGUGGAGCCUUAUCAAGGGAAGGCGAAAGACGACACGGCCCUGAACGGUGUCCGGCUGCACUGCACGGGUGGCAGCCACGGUGGGAAGCCUGAGGCCAAAACGGUGGAGUCCCAGAGCAACGUCUGGGGCCACUGGACUGACCCCCUCCGGUGCCUCCCGGGCAGCUAUUUGACCGGCUUCUCCCUGCGGGUGGAGCGUGUCCGGCGUGGCGUCAGUGACUACAUGGGGGCCACCAACCUCCGCUUCGUCUGCUCAGACGGAAGGGUCCUGGAGGGGCAAGGCCUGCCCUGGGGGGAGUACGGAGCCUGGAGCCCCUCCUGCCGCAAGGGCCUGUGCGGGAUCCAGACCAAGCAGGAGGCCAUGCGGGGCGUCCUGAUGGAUGACUCUGCCCUCAACGACGUCCGGUUCUUCUGCUGCGCCGAGUGAGCGGACGGAGGCCUCGGCCGUAUCCCCAGCAGGCAGUCCCACCGCCCAGCACCCCCGAGGCCCCCUCCUCUGCCCAAGAACCUUCGGAGCAGCUACAGCAGAGAGGCUUUUAUUUGGGGGUCUUCCAAUAAAGCUUCAAGAUUGCA